AUGCCUGCGGAGGUUAUUUUGAUGUUUGGCGUCGCGGGGGUUCUGACGACAUCCCCAUACUCGGCGAUGCGACGUCUCGCAGAGACGUUGAUGCGGUGCGUCUUUGAGCGUGCGGAGGCGCAUCAUGUUGAGUUUGUGGGCAACGAAUCCCCCGCACUGCUGGCACACAACUACUCCAACCUCUUCUCUCUCAUCCGCGUAUUUACGGAGAAGGUGCGGGGCACCAGGUGCGCCUUCGAGCAACUGGAACUGGGUGAGAUUAACCGUGUACAGUUUGUCCCUUUGUACUACGCGGAGAUGGACAUUAUGUUGAAAGCACUCGCUAAGAAAAACGUGGAGGAGCUAGAGUGCAUGCAGAUUAUGCAUCCCGCACGUGUGGCGCCCAUACGGAAUCGCCACCCACUCCUUGCUGACCCACUGGUGCAGGAGUUGCUGCGGGAGCUGAUGGACCCCGAGGCGUAUUUGUGCACAAUCGAGAAGGUGUCUCCCCGACGCAAUGUGUUGAAUCUUCUGCACUAUUUACGUAUGAAAAGUCAGCAGGAGAUUCGCCUUGUGGUGGUGACAAACACAUGGGAGGUGGAGGGGCAGUACGCACGUAUGAGUAAAGCGAUGUCACAUAGCACGAGCGAUAUGAAGUGGUCAAACUUUCCCACAACAUGCCCGAUUGACUAUGGUACAGGCGGUGGAAGGUCUUCGUUUGUCAUAAAUGGUCUUUUUGAUUCUUUUGUGCAGAGUUACACAUUUCACAAACGGAAGCCGUUUCCCGACAUUUUUUACCACGCCAUUGAGACGACGAUGAAAAGUCGUAUGAUAUCUAAAGAGUCCCUUAAGUAUGACGUGAAGCCACACAUCUUCUUGUUUGAUGACACCCUUGAGAACUGCGAGACCGCCCGCAAUCUUUCGGAUAACCCCUUUGAAAAGGUCUACUACAUUGAGAAUGGGGCGUAUGACGUGUACGAGGACGUGCUGAGUGCACUGAGUAUGGUGGGUGAACUCGAUCCUUUUUGGGCUGAUGUGGCGGCGGGGGUAAAAAAGGACGUGUCGCCGCUUUUCAAGCCACCACGCGACGCAAAUGGAAAUCCAACCUCAUGGAUCAAUGAGGAGAUGCAUGACUACAACUCCAAUCUGCUAUUUUUGCCCCCACCGCCCUGCGAUGCUUGUGAACCACGUGGAUUGUUUGAUCCCAAAAAGUUUCUUGACGAGGAUGAUAAGGACGCCAUCCUCUUUUACUGCGCACAGUACCUGCCACAGUUAUUUCCGCUUGAGAUCCCUAGCACACACACGGAGAAUUUGAAGCUUGCUAAAAAUCCAGGCUUUGCCACCUCUUGUGGUCCCAUUGUUUUUGAGCCUAUGCGGGGAAUAGGUUUUUUCAAGACGUACCGCAUCACCCUUCGCACUGGCAGUUACGUGCUGCGUUUGCAACCCCGUGGCCCUAUGCCGCAUGACACUCUUGACAUCCGUGCGGAGUAUGAAAUGUUGCGGUACCUCUACAAAAAUUCCAAUCUUCCCAUUGCAAAGUGUCUAUUGUACUGUGAUUCCUGUGCAGUGUGUGGCUAUCGAUUCUCGCUGCGCCGCUUUGUUGAGGGUGAGGCCAUCACUGACAUGCGGAAGCUCAUUCAACCUCGAAUUCAACGCCCUUAUUCGGCGCGUCGCCAGCACAUCAACGUUGAGCUCAACCCUUAUAUUUUCUUUAUGAAGGCGGUGGAGAUGCUAUCUAAAAUUCAUGCGAUGCCACCCCCACGCUUCUUGUCACAGACAAGAGCGGAACGAGCCCCUAGCAGCGGUACUACGGGCAGCUCCAUUCACCCCUUAAUGGGUAUUAUAAAGGACUUGGUGGUGCAGUACAGGGCGGUGGUGGGCACUGCGAAACUGCUGGAUGGCUCAUAUGUACUUCAGUCGAAGACACUGGAGCACUUAUCAAAGGCGCUGCUGGACUGCUUUGACGAAACACAGCUGGGAAAUCAGUCAAUCCCGUUUCCGGAGCAGCUUGUGUUGAUACACGGUGACUUCAAGUUGCGAGAUCUUCUUUUCUCUUACCGCUCUUUUGAAGGCAGGCACAAGUACCCAGCGAAUAUUGUUGGGGUUAUGAAUUUUACCUCCGUCUCCACAGGUGAUCCGUUGGUUGACGUGGCGAGUUUAGCUCUUGUAACACUACUUCCGCGUCCGAUGGGCAUUUGCGAUAUGACAAUGAAAAUGCGGUCACUGUUCCCCACACCAGGAUGGAUACUGGACAAGUACUGCUGCGCUCGUGGAUACAUGCAGACGAUUACCAAAAAGAAGCGGGAGACCAUAUUUAACGUGUAUCUUGCCGCCGGUUGUUUACGGUACGCCGUCAACAUCUUGUCUGACCUCGGGGAUAUACUUCGGGCAUAUGAUUUUAUUCCGCUAGUGGAGUCAAGAAAGUUGUCACUUGUUGAGCAAGUCUUGCAACAAGGGCUUGCUGUGAUAGGAAAAUGCCCCUCUCAGCUGUAA